AUGACGGAACAAAAUGAUGUUCCGGAGGAUCAACCGCAAGAAGAAUGUUCAUUAAAUAAGGAUAUAGCAUUAGAAAUAUCUCCAGUUGCUCCAUUAAACUAUUCAAAAAAGUUGCAAAUCGGUGAUACAAAAUUAUUGGUUGUUGACAAAGAGGAUGAUAUUAUAAGCGGGGAAGCUCUUAGUUGUUGUGUACUCGGUAGUCCAAAACAUGUAGCAGCAUUGAAGGCAAAAAUUGAAGAAUUGAAUGCACAUUCCGAACAAUUGGAGCAAGAACGCAGAGAAGCUUUAUCACAUUCCGAAUCCGUAUCAAAACAACUUGAUCAACUUGUAAAAGAAUUAUCACAACUAGGUCAUGACAAUAAUCAAAAAAAUAAUGAACAAACAAUUCAUGCCACGUUUCGUACAUUUGGUACAUUACAAAAGCUUGAAAUAAUAGCAGAUGAAGAAGAUUCGGCUGAAGAAUAUCAUAAACAUGAUAGAUUAAUGAGAAAACCUAGAGUUAGACAAUAUUUUCAUGCUGGCACUUUACAUAGAGAAGCUGAAGAAAGAAGAGUGAAUUUUACAGAAUUAUUUUGGGAUUUGAUUUUCGUAGCCGUGAUUGGAAAUUUAGGUCAUGUUUUGGUCGAAGAUGUUUCUCUCGUUAAUAUUGAGAGAUUUAUUUUAACAUUUUAUCCUAUUUGGAGAAUAUGGUAUGAUAUGACUCUUUAUUUGAAUAUGUAUAGCUCAGAUGAUUUACUUGAGAAAUUUCUCUUGUUUUUUGAAAUGGUACUUGUAAUUACUAUGGGAUCACACGCGUCAGAUUUAUUCGGUGAAACCACACAUAUUUUUCUCGCAAUAUUCUUUCCUAGAAAUAGGAUCGCAGUAAUGUGGGCUGCAUUCGUAUUUGAGAAUCUAUGGUCUGGCGGCAUUUUAUUCUUGAAUCGAUAUGCAAGUAAAGUAUUUAAUCAAAAUAAGACUGCACAAGAAUUUGAAACAACCGAUAAUUCGACAGCUACUUUGGAGAGUACUUUACAUGCGCCAAAUAAAAAAAUGAAGACUCGUGGUACCGAAUAUCAAUGGAAAUGGGAGGAUUUAUUACCAAUAUUCAGAAUUUCAGAAUAUAAACCCGCAUUAAAUAUAGAACAUUAUAGUGAAAGAUUAGGAUUAUUUACUAUUAUAGCUUUAGGUGAAGGGAUUAUAGGAAUCUUAUAUACUAGUCUCAAUCCGUCGCCUGAUGGUCAGCUCGUCAAGGCAAUAUUAGGAUUAUUAACUGCGUAUAACUUGCAUUGGAUAUAUUUCGAUGUGGAUGCUAGUAGACAAUUUCAACAUGCCGUAAGAAGACACGCUUUUACUGGGAUAUUAUUUACAUCGAUACAUUUUCCCAUGAAUAUGGCGUUGAUUGCAUUUGGAACGUCACUAGGUAAAAUGGUGCAACUUCGUGAUUUUCCUGGUUCUCAAUAUAUACCGGUAGAAGACAGUGUGGCUCAUUUAGAAUCAAGAGCGACUCCUGAUUCUGCAACUACGGAUGACGCAGGAUUUACUUCAUCAUUACGUUGGUUGUACUGUGUUUCAUUGGCGAUUUCAUUAUAUUGUAUGGCUUUUAUUGGAAUGUUACACAAAGGAUUAGAUGAUGCUAAUUACCUAAGAAUUCGAAAGUCUUAUCGAAUUUCAUUAAGGUUCAUAAUUGGAACGAUUUACGUAUUAUUACCAUUAAGUAAAAUUAAUUCAUUAAAUUUGAUCAUUAUAACUUCAAUGCUUUCAUUAUUGUUGGUUAUCGUUGAAAUUUAUGGUAGAUUAAGAAAAGGGUUGCCGUUAUUUGGUAAUUGUGAUGAUGAUGUUUUACUAGAUUCUCAUAAUAAGAAAUAUGUCAGGUGGAGAUGGGGAAAUAAAAAUUUAAACAAGAGAACUUGGAGUACCGGAGUUUUAAGAAAUAGGAACGAAAGCAAAAAUAACGAGAAUUAG